GUGCCAGACCAAACAACUUUUUCAAAGCAACUCCACAUCACGGCGCGUCCACACUACCACACACUCACUGCCGAGAUUUAACCACCAGUGAAAACGCAGCCGAACGACAAUACCUUGACUCUCAGUUCACACAGUUGAGCCUUCCUUUUUUUUCUUCUCUUCACUUUAUUUGCCUUCCGUGUAAGAUGAACAAGCUGUGCUUGUUGCUCCUCGUCGGACUGGCGACCGGGUUUAUCGGCGAGAAAAAACUUUUGGCCGCGGCAGAUGACAUGUACUUAGAGGGCCAAACAUCUGGUGACCUGCCAAUAGAUGAUGAAGAUGGUGACGACGACGGCUCAGGGUCAGGAUCGGGAGACUAUGCUUUCAGUGACAUCUCAGAUAAAGAAGAGCUAAUCAGAAGAUUCCUCCUCAACAUCUCUAAGACUACAGUCUCCAAAGAAAUGGUGCCAGUUCAACCACAGCCAUCCGCAGACUCUCCUCACAUCCCAUCAACCACCACAGCAGCAGCAGACAGUCCUGUCCAAAGAGUCACAGAGAAAACCUCACCUGGUGGAGACAAUAGCGUGGAGGAGGUGCCGCGUGCCGGCCCAACCGCUGACUGGUUCACGGAGCACACCAACCCCAGCUCUACCAGCCUGCCUCCCAAUGAAGACACCACAACCACAUUCAGUAUAGACAUCAGCGUGACCAAGGAUAGUGACGAGGACAACAGUCUGGACAGGUGGGACAUCUCGACCUCCAGGGAUGGGGAAGGAAAGGUUGUCAUCAGCGAGGAGGUCGACAAUGAAAUUUCCGCCAGUGAUCGGCGCAUAAACGGUGACUUUUCUGAAGAGGUGACCUCAGAGAACUUAUGGGAGAGGACAGAAGUUCUGGCAGCGGUGAUAGCAUGUGGAGUUGUCGGAUUCCUCUGCGCCGUUUUCCUGCUCCUCCUCCUCGCCUACCGCAUGAAGAAGAAGGACGAAGGUAGCUAUGACCUGGGAGACACCAAACUCUCCACGACAGCCUAUCACAAAGCGCCUUCCAAGGAGUUUUACGCCUGAACUGUUACCAGCGUGGACGUAAAAUGAAAUUUCUGCCAAGCGGGGCUGAGAAUGAUUCUAUAAACAGCUGAUGAUUCGUCGUGUGGAAGUUUGAAGUCAAGCCCCUCUGCUCUUCUACAGUAGAUUUAUUUUCAUCAUUCCCAAUGUUUUGCUUCUGCCUUCUUUGAACACGUUCCUUUCUUUUGUCAAGAAGAGGUCAUAAGAAAACAAAUAAGCCUAGUAAAGUACAUUUCUGUCAUUCCAACCCAGGGACUGAGUUACGACACUUAAUACUCAUUGUAAAUUUUUAAGAAAACAAUCUUCGCUAGAGUGUCACAGCAGGGAACAGCCAUUGUGUUCUAGAGACAAAAUCAGUUUUAAAGUAUUGAUCACACGGUGCCUUUAAAACCACAUUACUUUCACAAGCUGAUCCAUGUGGGGUUUGACUUGGUUCAGCGUUACAGACGCAUUAAAUGUCUUAGCUCAGAAAAACAGCACAAGUCAAUAAACAUAUGAACGCGUUUAUAAUGCCGUUAAAUGAAACCCCCACACAUGGGGUUAAUAUUACAAAGAACCUUCUAACGUUAAUACUCUAAUACACUUUGUGUGAAUUCAGAUUUCCUUGGUUUAACGUCUUUCAUUGUUACAUUUCAUUUUCUGUAUGCUGUGCUGAAUUGAACAUUUAAUGUUGUUAUGAAGAAAGAGUGUUUUUUUUCAUAUGCUGUCCAGUAUUGAUUGGUAUGAGAGACUUUGUUACUCUGCAGGUACAUACUGUAUUUUUGUUGUUUAAAUCGACCAAAUAUAAAUGUUUUAUUUGUUUGUGGUUUUUUUAGUAGGUUUUUUGGAUGUGUUUGCAUAUUUAAAGUUUAUAUUUCCAUAAGCAGAGAUUUCAGUCUUUUUUUUUUUUGUUAACUUUUUGUUUGCAUUUAUAUAAGCAGGUAAAAGUCCCUCAACAUGAGUAGAAUUUUUUAGCAGUAUUUGAUUUGGUGACAGUGCAGUAAGUUUGGGGACAUGAUCGCGUAAGUGAAGCCAAAGCUUAUCACUAUAAUUCAGAAACCGUAGAAGUGACCAGUGACCAGCACAUUCCUGUCGCACUGUCAACUUGACACUGUUGCGAUGACGGGUUUCAACUUAAAGGGACAGUGACAACAUUCAGUGUUUGUCACACUUUUAGAGUCUGGCUUUAUGGAGCCGUAUCCGAGAAUGAAAAUGCAAUUAAAUCAGUGAACGUUCCCUCUUUCUUUUUAGUUGUAAUAAGCAGCAUACGCCAUGGGGAGUUUCCAACUCUGUCAUGUGUAACUGUGUCAUGUUUUUAACGUUUGUUAAUGAUUCUUAAGUCUCUCUGUAUUGUAACCAGCUGACGGACCUUUAAACAAUGUUAGAGCUUCAAUAAGGAGACAUUUAUUUCCUCUUGAUAGCAUUCUUUUUUUUUACUUGGGAGCACCCUGUAAAAAAUUAUUUAGGAAACAUUGGGGGUUUUCCCCCUAGUAAGCUAUCUACUUCUACAUCAAUAGGGAAAAUGUUGCUUUAAUGCUCUAUUGGUGGCCUUAAAAUCCUAAAAAACAAACAUACCUUUUUGGAUGUGAAGAUACCUGGGAGUUUGAGUGAGAAUAACAAGACUUAACCUGUCAUUUAUCUACACAUUCUUAUUCAGUUUCAGAUUCAUGUUGCCCAAAUGUGAUAUCAUUUGGGUUUAAUGGAGAAAAAGAAACGUGAGGUACAGUCACUUCCCCGCCAUUUUUGUGUGUUGGUAAACUUUCCUUUGUUAAAAGUCACUGCCCCUGUUUCUUUUCAUUUACUUUAGUGUGUGAUGUCACAUUUAUCUUUUAUACUUUAAUCAAGGCUUUUCGGUAGUGUUUUAUGAUGUAAUUGCCUUGGACAUGAUAGAACUAUAAACCUUAUUUUUAAGAACUCUAGACUAUCUAAAUGCAAAAUAUGCAAACUACCUAUUUACUAUGGCUGGAAUAAACAAUCUUAUCAUCAACCUGAUGUGAUUUACUGUUGGUAGCAUGUAUUAGUUGUUGGGCAUUUAAAUCCUCAGUGCCUUGCAAUUCAUUGUCUUCAGUGGUUUUUUACAGUAUUAGUGUUAUACUUUGACAUUCGAGCUGUACGGAAUCACAUCUGUAAUAAUAGUUCAGGGUUCGACUGCACUGUGCCAGUGUGGUCACAUCAGAAAUGUCGUGACAUAAACCACGCUUAACUGAAGGUUUACAAUAUGGAUGAUCAGCACUUGCUGAACAUCCAACAGGUGAUCACACACAGUAACCUUUCUCUUCUAGGAUUUCUAUGUUUAUAUGGUAUGCUGAUGAUACUAUAAUUUAUAUGUAUUAAUUUAUACUCGCUCAAUCUAUAGGCCAACUUUGUCAGUGAUAAACUGGGAGUCAACACUAUUUACUUGUGGUGAAAGCCUCUUCGUACCCGUUGCUCAGUUUUUGUUUGUUUUUUCAUAUUUAUGAUUUUAGAGGAUUCAACAAGCGUUGGUUUGAUUCAAUAAAAGAGGCAGUAUUGUUUUGUUGUAUGAAUGGCUUUAAGAAAUGCAUAAAAUAGGACAAUACGUUCAUUUUCAUCAGAAAUGAAUGAGGUGACUGAAGAAAAACAAAUAAUCACCAAACAAAGACCGACUUGCCAAAAUGAUGUACAUGUACGUAUGUGUUAGACGCGGCAUACCAUGAGAACCAUGUUGCUAAAAAAAAAGGUGUAUCUUCUGAGGUUCUUUACUGAAUAAAAUAUGUGGCUUUAAUGCAA